AUGGAUAAGUCUUGGAUAACUAAGCCUCGAAAUACAUUUGAAUACUCAAUUGGUUUAGAAAAAUUCUUAGAUUUUGCUUUUGAGAAUGGAGCUUCUGGAGACACAAUUCGAUGUCCAUGCCCCAAAUGUGUGUUUGUGAAAUGGCAAACUAGAGGCAUAGUUGAAUAUCACUUGAUUUUAAAACAAUUUCCCAUAAAUUAUGUUAUUUGGAAUCUUCAUGGUGAAAGGCAAAGACAAGAUAUUUCUAGAAAUGAAGAUGAGUCACAAGAGGCAUUUCAUUUCGAAAAUCCAAUGGAAACAAUGAUAAAUGAAGCAUUUGGACAUUAUAGGCAAGAAGGUACUAAUAUAGCCAGAUCACAACCAUUGGGUGAAGAUGAUGUUAGUAAUGAAAGGCCAAGGGAGAAUCAUAAUGAAUUUAAUGAGUUUCUCAAUGACGGAAAUCAAAUAUUGUGUGACGGGAGCAAGUACACAAAAUUAGAGUUUGUAAUCAAAUUAUNUCAUAUCAAGGUUUUGUGUGGAUUAAGUGACAAGGCAAUGACUAUGAUCCUAGAUUUGCUAAGAGAUGCAUUUAGUGAAGCAAAGUUGCCUCUUUCAUUUUAUGAGGCUAAGAAAAUCAUCAACAAACUUGGUCUUAACUAUACCAAAAUAGAUGCAUGUCCNAAUCAUUGUAUGUUAUAUUUAAGAGAUGAUGAAAAAGAUUUGCAAACAUGCAAACAUUGUGGUACAUCUAGAUGGAACCCAAAGAAGAAAAAAAAGCAGCCUGCAAAAGUUUUACGUUACUUUCCUUUGAAACCAAGAUUGCAAAGAUUGUUUGUGUGCUCUAAGACUGCAGAGCAUAUGAGAUGNCAUUCUUCAGAGAACAAGGAUGGAGUUAUAAGGCAUCCAAGGGAUGGUGAGGCAUGGAAGACAUUUAGUGUAAUGCAUCCUGAAUUUGCUUUAGAUCCUCAAAAUGUUCGCUUAGGCCUUGCNAGUGAUGGUUUUAAUCCUUUUGGCACUAUGAGUUCUACUUAUAGUAUUUGGCCAAUGUUUUUAAUUCCAUACAAUCUUCCACCUUGGCUUUGUAUGAAGCACACUUCAUUGAUCCUAUCCAUGAUCAUUCCAGGUAAGCAGAUGCCUNGAAAUAGUAUUGAUGUGUACUUACAACCCCUUGUGGAUGAGUUACGUGAGCUAUGGAAUGAUGGGGUGGAGACCUUUGAUUCUUCAUUGAAUGAAACUUUUAGAAUGCGAGCAGCUCUUAUGUGGACAAUUAGUGACUUUCCUGCCCUUGGUAUUUUAUCUGGUUGGAACAUACACACAGGUUUAGCUUGCCCUACUUGUAACUUUGAUGCAGAACCUUGUCGUCUUCCUCAUAGUAGGAAGUGGUGUUUUAUGGGACAUUGUCGCUUUUUAAGUAGAAACAAUAGAUUUAGAUUGAAUCGUGUUCGCUUUGAUGGAAGCACUGAAGAACGAAAUCCACCACUAAAAUUAUCAGGAUCUGACAUUUUUAGGCAAGUGGAAAAUUUUAAUGUUACAUUUGGGAGAGGAAUUCAUUUGGAUGGUAGAGGAAAAAGAUGUAGACAAGAAGUUAAACAGUGGAAUAAAAGAAGCAUUUUCUUUGAACUUCCAUAUUGGGAGUCUAAUUUGUUACGUCANAAUUUAGACUUCAUGCACAUUGAAAAGAAUGUAUUUGACAAUUUAAUNUAUACUUUGUUGAAUGAANANCCUAAAUCCAAAGACAAUCUUAAUGCAAGGAAAAAUUUGAAGGAAAUGGGCAUAAGACAGGAUCUUUGGCCAGAUGAUAAUGGAAGAUACCACCUUGCUUUGUUUUCACUAACUCGUGAUACCAAAANGUUGUUNCUCAAAACUUUGAAAAAUGUUUUAGUACCUGAUGGUUACUCAAGUAACAUUUCUAGAUGUGUUGAUGAUGUUCAACAUAAAAUAUCAGGANUAAAAAGUCACGAUUGCCAUAUUAUUAUGGAGCAAUUACUUCCAUUGGCAAUACGUAAUUUGUUACCAAACCAUGUCACUGCAACCUUGGUGGAGUUUUGCUAA